AUGCCAGGAUGUGAUUGGGUCAAAUCCUUUCUAAAACGACAUCCACAACUUUCUCAGAAGAUUGCGCAGAAUAUUUCACAUGCUAGGGCUACUACUGAUGAAGAAAUCAUAAAUAACUUCUUGGAUAAUUUGGAGGUUGAGUUAGAAGGAAUUCCUGCAAGCAAUAUAUGGAAUUCUGAUGAGACUAACCUAGUUGAUGACCCGGGACAGACAAAAAUAGUAAUCAAAAGAGGAACGAAGACAGAAACAACGAAAACGAGACACGUAAAAAGAAGUAAACGUCUGAACGUGCCACCAGGUAAAAGCAUAUGCAGUAGUGACUUUAACAAUGACACACUUACUGUUGAAAAUACGACAAAAACUGUUGAUCAUGAGCCUGGAACCCCUGGCAUCCGUCAGAGAAAACGUCUACGAAAUAUUGGAGCUGACAGAUCAUCAUUAGAUAGUUCUAGUGAAAAUGAGGACGAAGUUAAAUACAUGGAGAGUGAUGACAGUACAAGUGAUGAGCAUUUUUUCGAUGAUGGAGAUGAACAGCCCACUGAAGAAAAUAAUGUCCCAUCCCAAAAAGUGGAGAAAUCAACGGGAAAGUACGUAGUUGUACAAUUUGAGCAAAGCUUCCUGGUCAAAUUACUAAAAAACAAUGGAAAGUAGCCUCUUAAGAAUGACGAGAUGUUUUAUAGGAACGAUGAAAUUG